AUGCCCGGCAAAAGCAUGUUUCAAGGUGCGUGGCUCUGCAGUGAUGAAUAUAAGGACUGGGUGGCACCAGAUACGACAAAUCAGCAUUGUGCAAUGUGCAAGCCGUGCGGAAAAACUUUCGAUGUCGCCGCCAUGGGCGAAUUGGCAUUGAAGAGCCAUAUGAAGAGCGCUAAACAUGCCGGCAUCAUGAAGAUCGCAGCCAACAGCUCGGUGCACAAUUACCUGGCUCCGGGCACGAGUGAACGAUCCACUGUCCCUCCUCCACCGCAGUUGCCAAACAUAAACGCUGCUUGCAAGACGCACGAGUUGGUGACAAACGCCGAAGUGUUGUGGACUCUGAAGGUCGUCACAUCCCACUGUUCCUACCGCUCAUCGUCACAAUCGGGCAAGUUGUUCCAGCACAUGUUCCCUGACAGUGAGGUGGCAAAAGCAUUUUCUUGAGGAGAAAAGAAAUGCGCCUAUGUGACGUGCCAUGGACUGAGACCUUUUUUUCUAACGGCCUUGCAGCGGGAAAUCGACCAGUGUGAGCACUACGUGGUGCUUUUUGACGAGUCUUCAAACGACUAUUUGCAUCGCAAACAAAUGGAUGUGCACGUAAGGUGUUGGGACUCGUCUCACAAGGUGACAACAAGGUACUACAACUCGGUGUUUAUGGGGCACUCCACGGCCGAGGACGUACAAGGAAAGCUGUUGAGCGCACUCGAACCUUUGCCUCUUGAGAAGAUCCUUCAGAUAUCGAUGGAUGGUCCCAAUGUCAACUUGAAGUUCUUUAAGAACUUCCAAGUGCACCUGCAAGAAGCGUACCAAGUUCUGUGUGUGGACAUUGGCACCUGUGGCCUCCACACAAUGCACAAUGCCUACAGGGCAGGCAUUGCAGCAAGUAGGUGGGGACUACAUUGCUUACUGUCUAGUCUGAGCGCACUGUUUGAGAGCUCUCCAGCAAGGAGGGAAGACUUUACAACAGUCACUGGGCAGGAAACAUCUCCCCUAAAGUUUGUUCCUCACCGCUCGGUAGAGAACGUCGCCGUAAUUGAGAGAGCCUUGUCGUUGUGGUGCGACAUCAAAAAGUUUGUUGAGGCUGCAAGAAGCAAAGAAGUAAACCUGCCAAAAUGUGGAUCUUUUCAGAACUUGGUUGAGUUCUGCAGCGACUCUUUGGUGCCGGCAAAGCUUAACUUUGCACUGGGUGUUGCCAUGGCACUCAAGCCAUUCCUAAUGGAGUAUCAAACAGAUAGACCGACGGCCUUCUUCCUUGCAAGAGAUUUGGAAACUGUUUUCCGGAAACUGCUGACAAGCUUUCUGAAGUGCUCAGUCUUGUCUGCAUCAAAAGGACUCACCGGCCUCCUGAGGGUGGACAUUGAGAACCCGGACAAUCAUACUCCAAUUGAAAAGGUGGAUAUAGGCCAUACAGCUGAGCAGAUUGUCAAGAAAGUCAAAGCCAGUUUGAAGGACGUGUUUCAGUUCCGGAUGGAAUGUAAACAGUUCCUGAUCGCCGUGACAAAGAAAGUCCUAGAGAGAAGCCCCUUGAAAUUCCCAGUGGUUAGGGGCCUCUCCUCAUUGGACCCACGACAGAUGUGUUCAAGGCCAGAUGAGUGGCUUCCUGGUUUUAGAAAAGUGUUGGACGUCCUCAUCACCGCAGGGAGAAUGACUGAUCACCAACGAGACACGGUACUGGCACAGUACACCGAGUUCUUGCAGGAACAGAAACAUCACCAGCGACUCUUUGAAAAGAGCAUGAACAGGAUAGAUGAGUAUUUCUCUGAGCUUAUGAAGUUUAAUCCAUCGUAUACAGAGCUCUGUAAUGUAGUUAAGCUCUUGCUUGUCCUAAGCCAUGGACAGGCAACUGUGGAGCGAGGGUUUAGUGUAAACCACCAGGUUUCGGUAGAGAAUCUGAAGGACCUUUCCUACGUCUCUCAAUGGAUUGUGUGCGAUGCAGUGGAAAAGGCAGGUGGUGUCCUCAACAUCCCACUUACGAAAGAACUGAGUACUGCUGUGUCAGCUGCGAGACAGCAGUACAGUGCAUAUUUGGAAGCAGAAAAAAAGCAGCGUGAAGAUGCGAAGCAGGCAAAGAAGCGCUGCAUUGAUGAAGAGAUAGACACCAUGAAAGCAAAAAAGAGGAAACUUGAAGCAACUAUAGCUGAUCUCACAGCCUCAGCAGAUGCCUACGCAGAAAAAGCUGAAAAAGCAAAUGACCUCACAUACAUUGUAAAAUCAAAUAGUCUUAGGAAAACUGCAAAAAGCAAGGCCAAGGAGCUGCUUAGCAUCAGCCAACAAAUACAGAAAAAGCUGCAGGAGCUCCCCUGAAGUUAGCACAAGUGGUUUUAGAAACAAUUUUUAUUUUGGCUUAGUGCAAUGCAAACAAGUUUGCAAGAAAUAUUUUUUUCUUUUUGUUUAGUGCAAUAAAAAUGAUACCUACGAUCUUUUGACAAAAGUGCUUUAUUGAAAUCUGUCAUGUGUGGCACCGAGUUAGGUCCUUGAAAAUACUCCCACAGGGCCUUGAAAUUCCUUGAAUAUCCUUGAAUAUCUUUCUUUAGAUCCUGUACGAACCCUGCAGUGACAAGUACCCGUGUUGUACCCCGAAUCACUAAUGCUGGGUGUACAGUGUAUAACCUCGAUUUACGGGUAGCAAAUGCCUUUCACGUUCAAUCAAACCAUUUAAGGCAUUAAUACCAUGCUGU